CACCUCUACCCCAAAUCUAUUCUCCUAUAAAAACGAUUCAAACCCUAAAUAAAUCAGUUACUCAUCACCUUCAACCAGCAUGUCUUCUAGCUCAGAAGCCAUGCUAAACCAGGGCUUGUUUGAGGAACAAGAGAUGCCUACACACAUGGGUUUCUUUACUGCUUUUCCUCAGAACUUGACUUCAUGUCCUCCAUUAAUGGCUUGCCAUCAGUCUCUCAAAGCCUUCAAUAUCACAGCAGCUGCUGCUGAUGCACUUCCUAAUUCUUAUCCUAAUCUAUCUGAAACCCUAAUCUCAUCUCUUACCUCUCAAAAGCAUAGGCAGCACCUUGCUUCUGAGUUUGGAGGUCCCCAAGUCCUUUCUUUGCAGAGAUCCAGUGCAAAUUUCUGGACAUGGGGAGAGGUAAACGAGUGUUUGGGAAGCAAGAAAAUGGGUGUAGAACAAGGUCACCUGGGAGUUUCAGCCAUGAAAAUGAAAAGGAUAAAAGCAAGAAGGAAGGUAAGAGAACCCAGGUUUUGCUUCAAGACCAUGAGCGAUGUGGAUGUACUGGAUGAUGGAUACAAGUGGAGGAAGUACGGCCAGAAAGUGGUGAAGAACACCCAGCAUCCCAGGAGCUACUAUCGGUGUACCCAAGAUAACUGUCGGGUGAAGAAACGAGUGGAGAGAUUAGCAGAGGAUCCACGGAUGGUAAUUACGACAUACGAAGGCCGACACGUACAUUCUCCCUCGCAUGAUCUCGACGACUCCCAACCUCCUAAUUCUCAACUUAACAGUUUGUUCUGGUAGUCAUCACGCCUUUAACAUCUAUCGACCGAUCUAUCUAUCUAUCCGCCACAUAUAUA